AUGCCCUCCGCCUGGGCGCCCGCUCCCGGUCUCGAGCCCAACCUGCCUCCCUACGAGGUCUUCACCGCACCUAUCGAAAAGCCCGAGAUCGACGACCGCGAGUAUCGCAUCCUCCGUCUCCAGAACGGCCUCCGCGCCCUCCUCGUCCACGACCCAGACGCAGACAAGGCCGCGUCCUCCCUCUGCGUCGCCGUCGGGGCCUUCCACGACCCGGACGACGCGCCUGGGCUCGCUCACUUCUGCGAGCACCUGCUCACCAAGGGCACGGAACCGUAUCCCGAAGAGGGCGACUACAUCGCCUACGUCUGCGCCCAUGGCGGGUCCCGCAACGCGGCCACCGGCGGGAUGUCCACCGACUACUGGUUCGCCGUCGCGCCAGACAGCCUCGCAGGCGCGCUCGCGUACCAGGCCGCCUUCUUCUACGCCCCGCUCUUCACCCCGGAGCUCACCAAGCGCGAGGUGCACGCGGUCGACAACGAGUACAGGCGCAACCUCCAGAACGACACCCGGCGCAUGAACCAGCUCACGAAGCACCUCAGCCUCCCCGGCCACCCCUUCCACCAGUUCGGCACGGGCUCGUACGAGAGCCUGACCGAGAGCCCGCGCCGCACGCUGCCCGAGGGCACGGACGAAGAGCGGAUCCUGCUCGAGACGCGCAGCCGGCUCGUCGCGUGGUGGGAGGCGCAAUACUGCUCGCGCAGGAUGACGCUCGUUAUUGUCGGAAAGGAUUCACUCGACGCCCUCGCCGCGUGCGCCGUCCCGCUCUUCUCCAAGAUCCCCGACCGCGGCCUCGACCCCGCCCCGGCGAUCACUGCGCCCGUCUGGGGCCCGGAGCACAAGGGAACGCUCGUCUUCGCGCAAACCGCCAAGGACGUGCACAAGCUCGCGCUCCAAUUCGCGCUCCCGAACCUCGCCUCGUACUGGGAAAGCCGGCCGGUCUCCGUGCUCGCCCACUUCCUCGGGCACGAGGGCCCCGGGAGCGCGUGUGCGUACCUCAAGCAGCGCGGAUGGCUCCUCGAGCUCACCGCGGGGCUCUCCACCGGCAGCCACGCGCGCGGGCCCCAGAUAUUCGAGAUCGGGUGCCUCCUCACCGUCGACGGCUACCUAAACUACGAGUCGGUGCUCGCCACGCUCUUCCAGCACAUCGCCGUCCUGCGCGCCGCGCAGCCGCUCCCGGACUGGCACCACGCCGAGCUGCAGACCAUGGCCGCCACGCGCUUCCGCUUCGCGCAGAAGGCGGCCCCCCACAGGUACGCCCAGGCGCUCUCGCGCACGGGCUCGCAGCCGUACCCGCCCGAGCACGUCCUCAGCGGGCCGCACCUCUUCCGCACGCGCGACGACGCCGUGCUCCGCCGCGUCCUCGACGGCCUCGCCCCGCGCGAGGGCCGCGCGUUCGUGUGGGCGCCGACGCACCGCGCGGAGGUCGUCGGGGACGACGGGCUGCGGACGGACGGGUGGGCGACGGAGCGGUGGUACGGCACGCGGUUCGCCGUGCGCCCGCUCGGCGCGGCGCUGCGCGCGAGGCUCGAGGCGGCGAUAGCCCCCGAUGCGCGGUAUCUGGCUCUGCCACGGCCGAACCCCUUCAUCCCGUCCGAGGAGGGGCUCAGGGUGGACAAAGGGCCGGAGGGCGCCGAGCCGGCGAAAUACCCGACGCUGAUCGUGCGGACGGCUGCGGCGCGGCUCUGGCACAAGCAGGACGACCGGUUCUGGGUGCCCAAGGCGGACGUGUACGUCGUGGUGAAGAGCCGGCUGGCGUAUGCGAGCCCGCGCCACGCGAUGCUUUCUCGGCUGCUCGUGGACCUCGUGGACGACGCGCUCGCCGAGGUCACGUACGACGCCAGCCUCGCCGACCUCGCCUACGCGCUCUCGAACCACACCGACGGGCUCGUCCUGCACGUGAGCGGGUACCGCGACAAGCUCGCGGUGCUGCUGCGGACCGUGCUCGAGAAGCUGCGCACGCUCGCGGUGGCGCCCGACCGGCUCAGGGUGGCCAAGGAGAAGAUCAGGCGGGAGUACGAGAACUUCUAUCUGCAGCAGCCGUCGAAUCUGUCCGAGCAGUUCGCGCGGUGGGCGUACGAGCCAGUGGUGUGGACCCCGGCGGAGAAGGUGCCGGAGCUGGAGUUCAUCGGGGAGAAGGACGUCGACGGGCACCGCGACGCGUUGCUGUCGAAGGUGGCCCUUGAGAUGCUCGUGAACGGGGACGCGACCCGGGAGGGAGCCCUUGAGUAUCUUUCCCUCGCUGAAGACAUCCUCCGCCCGCGCCCUCUCCUUCCCAGCGAGAUCCCGACCAGACACGCGCUCGUGCUUCCUGAAGGCUCCAACUUCGUCUUCCGCAAGCGCCACGCCAACAAAAACGAGACCAACAACGCGCUCUCGUACUACAUCCAGGUCGGGCUCGAGGCCGACGCCCGCUCGCGCGCGAUCGCCAGCCUGCUCUGCCACCUCAUGCACGAGCCCCCGUUCUCCACGCUCCGGACGAAGGAGCAGCUCGGGUACGUCGUGGCCGCGAACCGCUGGUCCGUCGCCGGCGCGACGCACGGCCUCCUCGUCAAGGUGCAGUCCCCGCGGCCGCCGUGGGCCGUCGAGGCCCGCGUCGACGCCUUCCUCGCCGGCUUCGGGGACACGCUCGGCGCGAUGGCGGCGCCCGCGUUCGCGGCGGCGCGCGCGGGGCUCGUCGCGGCCCGCCGCGAGCGCGCGAAGAACGUCGCGGAGGAGGGCGCGCGGUUCUGGGCGCGCGUCCGCGCGGGCGACUGCGACUUUGUCCGAGCCGACACCGACGCCGACGCCAUCGGCGCGCUCACCCUCGCCGACGCGUGCGCCGCGUACGACGCGCUCGUGCACCCCGCGCGCGCCGCCGCGACCCGCCGCAAGCUCUCAGUCCAGCUCGUCUCGCAGCACACGACCGAGGCCCCGCCCGCGCCCGCGCCCGGGGCGGAGGCGGAGGCAGCGUUCAAGGCGGGCCUGGGGCGCACGCCCGCCGCGCGCGUCGUCGUCUCGCGCGCGUUUGGGGAGCACGAGGGCGCGGAGCGCGCGCUGCUGGAGGGCGGCGGGCCCGGAUCGGGGGUGCUGGGUCGCUUUUUGUGA